AUGUGGACUGCCAUUGUAUUCUUCCUGCUCAUUUCUUUCUGUAUAUGUGAACAUAGUUUUUCUGUCCUGAAAGGGAGAGGAGUCCACGUAGUGCGAAUAAACAGGCUUACAAUUGAAAAGCUGUGUAGACAGGCUUGUCAAAGCCCAGGUGCUUCAGGUAACCAUCACUGUAAUUGGUCUGUGCCCUACCAGAAUCGCUGCAUCCUCUUGCAGUGUCACCAGCUGAGUGUGUGCCAGAAUGCUGGAGAGCAAGACAUCAGAGAUCUGCUUGGAGAAAUUGUCAGUGGGAAAAGGGAAACGGUCCUGUUUCACCAAAGCUAUCCACAAAAAAAGGAGAGGAUGGUGAAUGCAGGGGCUGACCAACACAACGUGGAAAACCUGUUUUCCUCAACAGCACGGACUCACAAGAUUCACUUGAGGCAGUUGUUUGGGAAUGAGAGUGAAGAUGUAAUAACAAAUGCAAGAGAAACAUUUGUAAGCAAUGUGACGACCACCACAGGGAUGAAUACCACUGCCACAGCCAUAACAACAGACAUUACAAAUGCAACUGUCCUCACUACAGCUUAUGAAACAACUGCCAAUGCCUCAAACGCCCCUGGAGGUUCUCAUCGCCUUGCUGAAGCCAUGUCGUCCACUGCCUCUUCUCCUACUUCUGGUAACAUCCCUGCUUCCACUUCCAGCCAUUACAUCAAGUUUGUGAUCACCGCCAAAAAAUCAGGCAAUAGUAACUCUGGCUCAGUAUUGUCCCCCUCUUCUCCUUCUGCUCCCCUCACUGUCAUUUCUGAAGCAAAUACUCAAAUGCCUCAAACAAAGCAGUUUAACCCAGCCACCACCACCAGCGCUCCCCGCUCUAGUAGCCCCACCACUGUUGGAGCUGGCCUGAAGACACUGAGCACAACGUUGACCACCCUCAUCCCACAAGAUGCAGGAACAUCUUCCACUACUUCCACUCAUGCCAUGGUUUUACCUACUGCCUCUACCACAGAAACUACAACUGGGCAUGGGAUAAAGUCAUCAUCUCACAUUUUUUCAACAGCCACAGCUCCAGCAGAUGCACCCAAAACAGCUUCGGCCCCUGCAGAAACUCAGGACAGGGACAAUGAGUAUCUUCUCAUUGCUGCUGAGCCCCUGACUCAGUACUUAGUGGAUAAAAGUUCACUUCUUGCAGUGCUUUUAGUUGGUACAUUCUUUUUCAUAACUAUUAUAGUUCUUUUCCUUAUGCAGGCCUAUGAGAGCUACAAGAAGAAGGAUUACACACAAGUGGAUUACCUUAUCAAUGGAAUGUAUGUGGACUCAGAAAUGUGAAAGGGUGAUGAUAAAACAGUGGGCAGAGAGAUGGAAAGGAGAUUGAGAGCCUGCCUGACUUGUUUUUCUUUCCUAUUUGCCUAUAACACAAACUGAAAGUGCUUCCAAAUUUACUUCUGGUGCAAUUGAGGAGAAAUGCCAU